GUGCUAGCGGAGGAGGAGGAUGGGGUACCACUAACCAGAGAUACACUAAUGUUAUCCAGCCAUCUGCCUUUAAGUCUAACACGUGGAGUGGCAGCAGAGAUCAUGGAAGAGGAUUUUUUGGCUCCUCUGAUUUUGGAUCAUCAGGUGGCAGCAGCAGAAAUGCAGACUUUUCGCAGAACAGAUUCUCUGCGUUAAUGACCAGUCAAAAUAUUGCUGAUGGCUAUAAAGGUGAAGAGGAGAGAUUUCUCGAAUGUGUAGUGAAAGACAUGGAAAUUUGGGAAUCUUCAGGACAGUGGAUAUUUUCAUGUUAUUCACCGAUGAAAGAAAAGCUAAAUAUCUCAGGCUUUCCAGAUUUCUCUCCAGAAGAGUUGCGUCUGGAGUAUUAUAACUGCAGAGCAAACAAUAACAUUCAUAACUAUAUAAAUUCUGUCCAAGGCUUAGUGGAACGAUGGAAAGAAAGGGUGCUUCAGUUGAAAGUUUUAAAUGCAUCGACAAAAGCAGCUUUGCUGUCUGAAUUAAAGAACAUGGUCACUCAACCAUUGCCUUCCUUUGGAUCUGGAGGACAGCAAACAUCAAGCUUUGGGGUGUCAAGCUUUCCUGUGAAGAGCAGCAGUAACAGUGCUAGCAGUUUCUCCUUUAAAACAAGUUCCAGUCUUGUCAGUGCAUCAUCUGGAAACACCCCUACUUUUGGGAGCUCUUCUGCUGGUUGUAAUCCUCCUGCAUUUGGUGCAACAUCCUCUUCUAGCAUAUCCCAUUCUGUUGGUUUUGGCAGCCUGUCAGCUCCAUCUGCUGCCUCCUUCUCAUUUAAAACUUCUGAAACAACUAGUGGUUUUGGAACUUCUGGGUUUUCAGGGCUUGGCAAUUCUGCUGCUGUGAACUCUUCAAGCACCACUCCACUUACAGGCUUUGGAGCUUUUAAUGCAGCAGUAGCAGCUUCUGCCUCACAGUCAAGCAGUACUUCAUUUGGACAGACUGCCAGUGCCUCUGGUCAUAACAUAACAUCAGCAUCUUCUGCAGUCACAAACAAUACUACAUCAGAAAAGUUAUUUACACCAAAGAGUGAAUUAUCAGCUGAAGAUUUGAAACAAUUUGAAGCAAAAAAGUUUACUAUAGGAAAGAUUCCUCUUAAGCCACCACCAUUAGAAUUUUUAAAUGUUUAA